UAAAUCGGUACAUGUAUCAAAACUGUGCGUAUCCUGCAGAUACAAACACACAAUCGAGAAAUGACGUUAACUAUUUAACAUGGCCUCAGUUGGUGGUUCUGUCGUAUCUACAAAGACACACUACGCUCGUCUUGGCCAUGCUGCACAAAAUCUGAUACCCAGAUUUCUACAGGAAGUUUUAUUAUAUUAUGAAAACCCUAAAAAUAUUGAUUACAGUUGCAGAACAAAUCCUCAUCUAUUUUGCCGUCUUAAAUCAUCAGACUGGACAAAAAUUAAAGAAGCGGUAAACACUGAAUCUUACAAGAAUUUUGAUAUUCCACUGAUUUAUACAAUUCUGAGAAACAUUCAUUAUUCUACCUUGGAACCAACAGAUGGGUGGGAUUCUAGAACCGACCCUCGACCUCAUCAAAUGAAGACAGGUGAUGACCUUGAAAGAUGCCGAAGAAGAAGAAAUAAGAUAAUACACAGAGGAAACACAGAGGUCAGCGAUCAGGAAUUGCAGGAAUAUUUUGAUGAAUUUGGAGCAAUUGCAAGCAGAUUACAGGUCAUUUGUCAUAAAAAGAACAAUGAUUUUGUUUUGGAGGUUGAAGAUUUGCGAAUUUGCAGUAUGGAUGAGGAUACUGAACGAAAGUACUUGAAAGAAAUUGAAGAAUGGCAAAGCAGAGGUAUUGACUAUGAAGAACAGAUUUCACAAUUAAAGGAGUAUCUUGCGAGUAAGUUUGGUUUAUAA